ACUCCAUCUUGCAACACGAAUCACAUUCAUCAUGGCUCCGCUCUUGGACGACCAUAAUGGGGGUCUUCACAACGCCAAUGGCAGUCCGACACUCUGUCAAGUCGCCAUCAUCGGUGCCGGCUCUCGAGGGAAUGCCUACGCUGCAGCUACGAUUGCAUCCAGACUCGGCAUCGUCGUCGCAGUCGUCGAGCCAAUCGACUUCAAACGCAAUCUCUUAGGCUCAAAAUACAUUUGGAAAGGCCGGAAACCAUCUACUGGUGAAGCGUUCAAAGACUGGCGCGGGUUCAUCGAGUCUCAAAGGCAAAGUAACGCAGAUGCAGCCGGCAGCCACGCUUCCACCUCCCCGCCCAGGGUCGAUGCCGUGUUCGUUUGCGUGCGGGACGAACUUCAUGCAGAAGUUGUGACGGCAUUGGCACCGCUCAAUCUGCACUUGAUGUGCGAGAAGCCAUUGGCGACGACACUACAAGACUGCCUUCGCAUCCAGAAAGCACUGCAAUCGUAUCCGCAGAAGAUCUUCGCCAUUGGCCACGUACUUCGUUAUAGUCCACACAACCUCCUCCUGCGAGAUCUCGUCUUGAACCGGAAAGUCAUUGGCGAUGUGCUUUCGAUAGAGCACACGGAGCCAGUGGGAUGGUGGCACUUCGCCCACUCCUACGUCCGCGGGAACUGGCGCAAAGAAUCCUACACCGCGCCGAGUCUCCUCACCAAAAGCUGUCACGACAUCGACUGGCUCCUGUGGAUGCUCUGCUCUCCGCCGCCAGGAACUGACAGACUUGCCCCUCAUCUCCCAACCACCAUCUCCUCCACCGGCACCCUGAACCUCUUCCGCAAAUCACGGAAACCCGUCGCCGCCGGCUCCGCAACAAACUGUCUCUCGUGCCCCCUGCAAAACACCUGUCUCUACUCCGCCAAACGCAUCUACCUCGACCGCCACCUGCUCAAAGCCAAAAACACCGACUGGCCAGUCGACAUCGUAAACCCGGAAAUCGAAACCAUCCACUCAACCCAAGGCCCUGCCGCCGCGCAACAAGCCCUGCUAACCUCUCUAGCAGAAGACUACGAUGCCUCUAAAACGCCCACCUGCGACAUCGAAAGCCGGCCCUGGUUCGGGCGCUGCGUCUGGGAAAGCGACAACGACGUCUGCGACGACCAGCACGUCCUGCUCACCUGGGAAGACGAGGAUGCAGCGCACCCCGCACGCAAAGCGAAAACCGCCUCCUUCCACAUGAUAGCAUCCACACUCGCGCAAUGCGAACGCCGAGGGCGGAUCUACGGCUCGACGGGCGAAAUCAGCUACGAUAGCUCGCGCAUCACCGUGCACGACUUUACGAACGAUGAGACGAGGCGGUUUGCGCCAGAGUUGCCGAAACAUUCGCACCAUGGGGGUGGGGAUCAGGGGCUGACGGAGCAGUUUUUGAAGGCUGUGGAGGCGGUCGAGAGUGGGAGGAUGACGGUUGGGGAAGCACAAGGGGAGUAUUUGGGGGUGACGGUUGAGGAGGCGGUGAGGAGUCAUGCUGUUGUUUUCGCGGCGGAGGAGGCGAGGAGGACGGCAAGGGUGGUGGGGUGGAGAGAGUGGUGGGAGGAUGUGCAGGCGAGGAUGGGGUGAUGUCUUCGCUGAUGAAUGAUGAUAUGGCACGUCUUACUUGAGAGCGUAUGGUGCUGGUAGCGCAUAGUGCUGCAGAUUAGACCGUAUGAUUCUCCGCAUUGAAGCGUACGGUUCUCCGCGUUAGAAGCAUAUGGUACUCAUAUCGGAGCAUAUGGCGUAUGCCAUCGGAGGACAUGCU